AUGGAUAAUAUUGGCAAGAGCAUGAAGCAUGAGAGCAAGAAAGUGGGCAUCAUCACGAAAACAUGGGAGAGAUGCAAGUCGAUAGGACUAGGAGGGGUAAAGAUUAAAUAUCCAUCCUCAUCCUCAGUGACUCCAACGACAAAAAGGAGUAAAUCGUGGCCUAAUCUAUUAGGCGAGGAAAUCAAAAUAGGUAAGAAAGUUGCACCAGAAGGAUGCUUUUCCGUGUACGUUGGACCUCAAAUGCAAAGGUUUGUGAUAAAAACCGAGUAUUGUAACCAUCCUUUGUUCAAGAUGUUGCUUGAAGAAGCUGAAUUAGAAUAUGGUUAUAGUUGUCAAGGACCUUUGACUCUUCCUUGUAAUGUUGAUGUUUUUUACAAAGUGUUGAUGGAAAUGGACAAUGAAACUCCUCCUCAAGGUUGUACUUUUGGUGGAAACCGCUCUCGUUCAUCUUAUCAGCUUCUUAGUCCUUCCCGAAUGAUCAUCUUAAACGAUUUCUGA